AUGCCAAGCCUACUCAUUCUCUUCUUCAUGAUCUUCUUUCUCCUGGAGUCUAUGGCAGGAAUAAUAGAAAAUGGUUUCAUCAUCAUAGUGCUGGCCAGGGAGUGGGUGCGAUGUUGGAGCCUGCCUUCUGGGGACAUGAUCCUGGUCAGCCUGGGCAUUUCUCGCUUCUUUCUACACUGGGCAGCAGUUCUUAGUAGUUUCUACACAUAUUUCUAUCCAACUAACACAAGCCUAUACCUUUUCACUUUCUGGAGUUUUACUAAUAUGACCACAUUCUGGUUCACCACUUGGCUUGCCGUUUUCUACUGUGUGAAAAUCUCUGCCUUCACUCAACCAAUCUUCCUCUGGCUGAAGUGGAGAAUUUCCCAAUUUGUUCCCUGGUUACUGCUGUGGUCUCUUUUGAUAUCCAUUUUGAUAUGUAUCUCAUCUUUUGCAAAGGGCCAAUACAUUUUCCAACUGGCACUCGCUGGGAAUUACACAGAAAAGACAACUUGGGAUGAUAUGACACAUGCACUCCAGAACCAUUUUUUCCUGCUAUUGCAAAUAUUUAUUUUGUUAAUUUCUUUCUUCUUCUUCCUGGUUUCCACCAUCUUGGUCAUUUCCUCCCUGUGCCGACACUUGAGGGACAUGCAGCGCUAUGGUGCUGGUCCUCAGGAUCCAAGUAUGCAGGUGCAUAUCACAGCUUUGAAGUCACUUUUCUUCUUUCUCAUCAUCUAUGCAUCAUACGUUAUGCCUGUUGUCGUCACCACUAUUGUAGAAACUUCAGUUUGGAGCUUUGACUUUUGGGUAUGGCAGGUAGUGGCCUAUGCUGGCACCUCCAUCCAUUCUGCCUUCCUUAUCCAGAACAGCUCAAAGCUGAGAAGGGCUCUGAAGAAGAUGCUUUAUGACCCAGAGGCUGCCUGA